GAGGCUCAGGGAAUGAGGAGUUAGGUCAGUCAGGAAGAUGAAAUUGUUCAGUCCUUAGAACCCAUGUAAACAUCGGGCAUGGUGGCUCACGCUAGCUGAACUGGUCAAAAACAAGGUGAAUUGCUCUGGAGAAUGACACCUGACGGCAUCUGUCACCCACACAUACAUGUACAUGCAUGCAUAUGUACCAACACACACACACACACACACACACAUAUGGGGGGAGGGAGAGAGAGGGAGAGGGAGUGAGGGGCACAUACAAGAACAGGCUCAUGGGCUUGUGAGACGGCUCAGCAGGCACCUGCUGUCACAUCUGCUGGCCUGAGUUCAAUCCCUGGUACAUGGCUUAGCAGGUAAAGUUUUUGCUGCCAAGCUUGAGGACCUGGCCAUCUUGACCCAUGCGGCAGGAGAGAGCUGACUCCUGCAAGUUGUCCUUUAAUUUCUGCAAACAUGCCGUAGCACUUAGGUGCCCCCUCCCAUUUUAAUUUUUUUCUCUUCUCCAUAUUUUUUAAGAGGUUGGAGUGAUGGCUUAGCAUUUAAGAGCACUUGCUGUUCUCUCAGAGGUGCUGGGGACUGAAAGCGAGCCCUCUGACCUCUGUGGGCAGGAAGCCUGCACUCAGUUGGGCCAGAUGGCGCCCAUCUGUGAUCCGGCACUUGGGAAGUAGAGUCAGGAGGAUCCAGAACUCAAAGCCAGCCUUGGCUCUACGGUUAUUUGAGGUUAGCCUGGAACACGUGAACUCAUAGCCCCGCAAGCAAGAGAGCAAACACCAAACCAGCCAAGCAAUUCCCCUGCAUCUUUCGUCUUCAGCGUGGUUCUCCCGCUUCCCCCAGGGUGUCCGUGUAUCCCUGGCUGUUCUGGAAUUUGCUCUGUAGACCAGGCUGGCCUGGAACUCUUAAAGAUCCACCUUCCUCUGCCUCCUCCUGCUCUGCCGGGCUUACAGGAGUGGACCACCAUCCCUUGGCUUCAGUGUGGUUCUUGUGCUUCUUGGAAGGUGGGUUUUAUUUUUUCAUAAUGACACCUGGAGUUCGGAUUUACCUUGUAGCCAUCACUUACCAUCACCCCUGAGCGUCAGCGUGGGCGUCUCAAGAGCAGAACCAUCUGAAAACUCUGGACAGGUGUGAAGCUGUACAGGACUUGGGGAGCUGAGCCUGUGAGAGUGGAGUCUACCUAGCAAUUAAAAAAUCUGUCUGUCUGUCCGCUCGUCCAUCCAUCCAUCCAUCCAUCCAUCCAUCCAUCCAUCCAUCCAUCCAUCCAUCAUCCGUCCGUCCAUCUAUCAUCUACCUAUCAUCUAUCCAUCUAUCGUGUGUGUGUGUGUGUGUGUGUGUGUGUGUGUGUGUGUAAAGGAGAGGUCCCAGCUUCUCAGAGCUCUAAUUUUAGAAACACCCAGAUUGCAUUGAAUAUUUAUAUCCACGACGGUAACUGGUGGGCUGGAGAGAGCCCUCUAUCUCUCUGCCUUUGCUGAAGAGCAAGACAGAUUGAGAAGUGCUGAGUGCGUGGGUGGGCGAAAGAAGUUUCUUGGCCAACAGUGGAGGCUGUUGUGUGUGUGUGUCUUCUCACUUGCCCUCUGGUUUGGGCCCUUCUGGUCCUCGGGUGCUCAGUCUCCAGCCGCAGUCUUGACUCCUCACAUUUAUCUGUGCCCAUCACCCCUGGGCUCAGGGUGAAAUGCGUGUCGUGUCACCCCUAGGCGCAGGGUGAAGAGAGUGUGUGAGAUCAGGAGAGCACUCACUGGAAGGCAUCUAGUCCUAGCCCUGGUGUUCGCCAUGCAUCCAUCCUAACUCUGUCUGACUUGUGGAAACGGCCCCAGCAGACAGCCUGCUCACCUGGGAGAGUCACCUGCUGCCCCUUCCUUUCCGCUUUCAAACCCAAGGGAGAGCCCCGAGGGCCUCGCUGCUCUGUUUCUAGGCUCUCCCAGUGAAGCUAAUUUUCAGGUGACUGUGUACGUGCCUGGCCCAGGCUCCUGUGCGCCGACACACCGAGAGGGAGCGUGCUGGUGUCUGGGACCGGGCGGGACCAUAUCCGGGUGGACCGGGUGGGUAGGGCCAUCCCUCCCCCCUGGUCUCGAGGUGGGUUGGGGGUGGAGAGAAGGGCGUGCGGAGAUUUCCCUGUCAGGAUCCAAGUCCGGGGCAACAAAAGGCUAGGGUGCAGGGGGCCGAUGUAGGGCGUACCCACCCUGUCUGCCAGGCCCGCCCCAGGAGCAUCCCUAGCCCGGGUCCCCAAGCAACUGCAAGGGACCAGGAGCUGGAGGAGGAGGAGGGACCUGGAGCCCCGAACUUGCCCGAGAAGUGGCUGGAGGGCGGGGCCGGGCCCUGGUCGAGGCGGGAGGAGGGGCGGCCGCAGCUGCAUCCAGCCCGGCUGGCUUCCUUCCCAGCCCUCUUUUCCCUCCUCCUCUUCUUCCUCCUGUAUGAGUCAGGCAUUUCCCGGGGAAUCGGAGCAGCCACGCGCGGCCCGGGAGCCCGGAGCUGCAGCGGCGGCGGCGGCAGCUGAGGCGGCGGCGGCCGGGCUGCCACCUCGGCGGCCACCCGCUCCCCGGGCGCGCAGCGAUCAUGGAGAGGGCGGCCCAGAGCGCAGACGGCGGCGGCGGCGGGGGCAGCAACAGCAGCAGCCGUAGCAGCAGCCGCGCCACCUCGGCGGGCUCCUCGCCCUCCUGCUCCCUGGCUGGCCGAGGGGUGGCCAGCCGCUCUGGGGCCGCGGGACUGGGCGGCGGGGGCAGCCGCAGCAGUCCCGGUUCGGUGGCCGCUAGCCCGUCCGGAGGAGGCGGCCGCAGGAGGGAGCCGGCGCUCGAGGGCGUGCUCAGCAAAUACACCAACCUCCUCCAGGGCUGGCAAAACAGGUACUUUGUGCUGGAUUUCGAGGCUGGCCUCCUGCAGUAUUUUGUGAAUGAGCAGAGCAAGCACCAGAAGCCCCGAGGAGUCCUGUCUUUGUCUGGAGCCAUCGUGUCCCUGAGUGACGAAGCUCCCCACAUGCUGGUCGUGUACUCUGCCAACGGAGAGAUGUACAAGCUGAGAGCUGCUGACUCCAGGGAGAAGCAGUUGUGGGUGACUCAGCUUCGAGCGUGUGCCAAGUACCACAUGGAGACCAGUUCCAAGAUGAUGAACCAGGUGGAAGGCCAGCAGAAGAACCUCGUGCAUGCCAUCGAGUCCCUGCCAGGCUCAGGCCCCCUCACUGCCUUGGACCAGGACCUGCUUCUACUGAAGGCUACCUCCGCCGCCACCCUCAGCUGUCUCGGGGAGUGCCUCACCCUGCUCCAGCAGAGCGUGCGCCAGGCUGGCCCACCCAGCCACAAGCCAGGAGCCUCAGAGUCCAUCCUGGGAUGGCAUGGGCCCACGUCACAGUCCACAGACCAACUGAAAAAUGGGACCCUUGGCUCUCUGCCCUCAGCCAGUGCCAACAUAACCUGGGCGAUUCUACCGAACUCGGCCGAAGAGGAGCACAGCUCACAGCCGGAGCCAGAGCCAGACUCAGGCCCUGAACUGGUUUUGUCUGAGGAAGAACAGAGUGAUCACGAGGACAAGGGAGAGGUGGAGCCGGGCACCGUGGAGGACCAGCACAGUGUAAUCCUCCACCUUAUCUCACAGCUCAAGCUGGGCAUGGACUUAACCAAGGUGGUGCUCCCCACAUUCAUUCUGGAGAAGCGGUCCUUGCUGGAGAUGUAUGCAGACUUUAUGGCACACCCUGACCUGCUGCUGGCCAUCACUGCCGGGGCGACGCCAGAGGAGAGAGUCAUUAGCUUCGUGGAGUAUUAUCUUACGGCCUUCCAUGAGGGGCGCAAAGGCACCCUGGCCAAGAAGCCCUACAACCCCAUCAUCGGCGAGACCUUUCACUGCUCCUGGGAGGUUCCCAAGGACAGAGUCAAGUCGAAGUGGACUUCCCCCCACCCUCCCAUUAGUUGUCACGAGCAUCCGAUGGCCGAUGACCCUUCUAAAAGCUAUAAGCUCAGGUUUGUGGCUGAGCAGGUAUCCCAUCAUCCGCCCAUCUCCUGCUUCUACUGUGAGUGCAAGGAGAAGAGACUGUGUGUCAACACUCACGUAUGGACCAAAAGCAAGUUCAUGGGCAUGUCCGUGGGGGUCUCUAUGAUAGGGGAAGGUGUGCUUCGGCUCCUGGACCACGGGGAAGAAUACGUCUUCACGCUGCCCAGUGCCUACGCCCGCUCCAUCCUCACUGUCCCAUGGGUGGAGCUUGGAGGGAAGGUGAACAUCAGCUGUGCCAAGACUGGGUACUCUGCCACGGUGACAUUCCACACGAAGCCCUUCUAUGGCGGGAAGGUCCACAGGGUCACAGCUGAAGUGAAGCACAACCCCACCAACACCAUCGUCUGCAAAGCGCACGGGGAGUGGAACGGCACCUUGGAGUUCACCUACAGCAACGGGGAGACCAAAGUCAUCGACACGACCACCCUGCCUGUGUAUCCUAAGAAGCUUAGACCUCUGGAGAAGCAGGGGCCCAUGGAGUCCAGGAACCUCUGGCAGGAAGUCACCCACUACCUGAGGCUUGGGGACAUUGACGCAGCCACAGAGCAGAAGCGCCGUCUAGAGGAGAAGCAGAGAACGGAGGAAAGGAAACGGGAGACCCUUCGCACACCAUGGCGACCCAAGUACUUCAUCCCGGAGGGCGAUGGCUGGGUGUACUUCAACCCCCUUUGGAAGACACACUGAUGGGCAGAGGUGCAGUGCUUUCCCCGUGAUAGGCCUGGUUUUGUAGGAAUUAAAGUGGUACAGUAUCAA